AUGGAGCAUAACUACACUGCGGCCGAAUGUAUGGAGAAUUUGGCGGACAUUCAGUUCAAAUGGGGCGACAAUUACGAUAAGAGGGAGUCGUUGGCGAGUCUAUUGAGGGCCUCGAAGUACUACAAGAAAGCGUGUCAACCGAAACGGGCUCUCAUUGUGUUGAAGCGAGUGAUCACUAUCUUAGAGCUCUCGCCCAAGAAUGACAAGUCAGUCAUUGUCGACAAGUAUGAGGACUGUAUCCAACUGUACCGCUCUCUCGACUUAAACCAUUUGGCAAAUGUUUGCCACAAAAUAUGCAAAUCUCUGGACGAAGAGAAGACUGAUUUCUGUACUUUAAAUAUCUGUAAAUUAGAGUCAUAUGAGCUGUCAAUGCCGUCCCGCGUGUCCACCCCUUCCACUGUUGUAACCAAUUAUAGUGACGACGAAGACUCUGAUAAUAAUGAUUGGUUUGGCGGUAAGACUGUUAAGGAAUCGAUUGAGAGUAAAGAGUGGGUUCAGCAACAGAUCCGACUUCUCGAUCAGUCCAACACUUGUGCCGACAGACCCCACAAAGACAACAGAGAGGAUAGUCAGCAGAUAUGCGAUGACGAGACACAAGUGGACCAAUACAUGUCACAAAAUCUAAAGUCAAACUCUAAACUUAAAUCCAAUCAAACAUUGCGUAAAAAUUUAAGACAACUUUUUGCUGAAACCAAUGAUGAGAGGAUUGCAUCAAAAAAAGCAAAACUCCUCAUCAAACCAGAGAGUGAACUCUUUUCUACACCGAUAACAACUGAGAUAACGGCCAUACCAGUGGCCACACCUACUCCACUGAGGGCACCCACACCCACACCAAUCGCCGAAUCAAAUGGCGAGCAACAGACGAAAGCUAAACGAAAGCGUCGUUUGAAACCCAAAGAGUUAUCGGAAGAGUCGCCCGAAAAGCGUUUAAUAAAGUUAAGAAAACUUGAUAUCGAAAACCAGUUCUGUAUUGACCCGAAAGCGCCGACUGAGCGCCUGUUAUGCACCCUUUGCGACGAAUCCAUUCUGUGUUAUCGUUGGUCUAUAGUGACCGACCACUUGAAGGGACGCAAACACAAUGACUUUGCUGCGAAGGAACGCCUAAAACUACAACACAAAGACUUGCCAUUUAAUAGCAAUAUGGUGUCUACCAGUGCUUUGUCAGACUUUGCAUACUUUAAUAACCCGAAUGCAAAACUCCUCAUCAAACCAGAGAGUGAACUCUUUUCUACACCGAUAACAACUGAGAUAACGGCCAUACCAGUGGCCACACCUACUCCACUGAGGGCACCCACACCCACACCAAUCGCCGAAUCAAAUGGCGAGCAACAGCUGAAAGCUAAACGAAAGCGUCGUUUGAAACCCAAAGAGUUAUCGGAAGAGUCGCCCGAAAAGCGUUUAAUUAAGUUAAGAAAACUUGAUAUCGAAAACCAGUUCUGUAUUGACCCGAAAGCGCCGACUGAGCGCCUGUUGUGCACCCUUUGCGACGAAUCCAUUCUGUGUUAUCGUUGGUCUAUAGUGACCGACCACUUGAAGGGACGCAAACACAAUGACUUUGCGGCGAAGGAACGCCUAAAACUACAACACAAAGACUUGCCAUUUAAUAGCAAUAUGGUGUCUACCAGUGCCUUGUCAGACUUUGCAUACUUUAAUAACCCGAAUGGUGUGCACAAAGAUUCUGGACCUUUGUAUGUCAUGAACCCACCGCUAACUAUGGCCGACGCUAUCAAUAUGAAUGGAGCCACAGAAUCACUGGCCUAUCACUCGCAACACUACUUGACUGUGCCCUCACUCAUGGCAACACACAUGACACCAAUCAAUGAUUCGCAACAAAUGAGUUGUAGUGAAAACGGCCAAAACAAACCACACGAUAGCUUAGACACACCGCCAGUGAUGGACACCACAUCCAACCCCUUUGGAUUUGGAGGCAUUCGUAUGCAAUCGGUCGAUGAGUUCUUUGACAGACGGGUCGCGAUUGAAUCGGUCGCUAAAGUUAGCGAACCAUUCCUUGCGUACGAGUCGUAUAAUGUCUUUGAGUGA